GGUCCAAUAGGCAACUACUUGAAACUUUACGAACAAGACUACUCAAAGCAAGCCGCUUGUUUUAUACACCUAACGUUUAUCUUCUACUGCUUAUGCUCAUAUCCGAUAUACUCGAUGUCAUCAUGUGAUAACUUGGAGAUGGUGUACAUAACCAAGACACAAAAGCCUUGCUCCUUUGUCCGGAUGAUGUUGCGUGUGUUAUUGGGUUCGGUUGGUUUCUUUAUAACCGUUGGAUUCUCAUUCUUGACAUAUCUUGUUGUUCUUAUCGGAGCAGUAGGCUUGCUUGUUACGUCUAAGUACCCGUGUUUCAUGUGGGUAUCUAUCAAAAAUCCCCAGAGGAAAAGCUUGAUGUGGUUGCUUAACGUUUUGGUGGUAAGUUUAGGCGCGUCUCUCAGCAUUUUGCUUGUGGUUGGCUCGGCUUUGCGUUUGGCUGAUAACGGUUUACAUGCAAAUUUCUUUAAACCCUAGAGCAUAUUCUUGCAAUUGUUAGCAAGUAGGGGGCUAUUUGUUUCACCAUAUGUCAUCUCCAUCUCCAUCCCGCUGAUCCAUUUAUAUGAUCCAUCCAGAUUUUAUGGGACAAUUUGUUUGUCCAUCCAUAUGGUUCAUCUAGCUAAAUUCAUCUAAAUAGACUUAUGUUUUUUUUAAUCUCCAUUUCAAUCUAAAUGAGUUUAAUAAAACAAAUUAUUAAAAUACCCUUGUUUUGAUUUAUUAGAUUUUUGCUAAUGUUUUCCUAAUUUCUUAUAUAUAUUUUUCCAAAUAUAUAUUUUUCUCUCUAAAUAGUAAUACAAACUUUAUAAUCAAUGAACCAAAAAUCCAUCUUAGAGUUCUUUUCGAUCAUAAUAGUACCUUAUUUACUAUAUUAUCUGACUUAAAUGCAAAAUAUCUUUAAAAUCAAAGUUCUCAUUUGUUCCGUUUAAUAUAAUCCGUUCAUUCUUCAAAGCCUAAUUAUUUAUAAAGCAUUUAUCGACAUUAUAAGAGUUUAAUAAUUAUUACAGAUACAACUAUAUUUUUAUAUGAAUAUGAAAUCAUAAUAUUCAUUUCUAUAAAUUGUUUUCUAUUCAUUAUUUUAUGUAGUAUAUAAAUAUAAAAAUAACUGAUCAAACAUUAUUACAGUUUCUAUAACUUUGAAAAUUAGUUACCAUAAAUUAUUAUUUGUAAUAUCAUUUAGGUUAUUUGGCAAGUGAUAAUAAUUAAUUUUAGACUUACCUUUUAUUUUAGAUCUUUUUAAAAUAAUUAAAAAUUAUAAAAAGUUUUGUUCAUUAUGUUAUGUAGUUUAUAAAUAUAAAAAAUAAUUGAUCAAACAUAACUAUUCUUUAUAUAAUUUCAGAAAUUAAUUACCUUAAAUUAUUAUUUGUAAUAUAAUUUAGAUUAUUUGGCAAGUGAUAUUAAUUGGUCAUAGAUUUAUCUUUAUUUUAAAUCAUAUAUAUUAAUUACAAAUAAGAUAUCCCGAACCAAAUAUAGACUUUCCAAAUAAUAUAAAUUAUAUUACAAAUAAUAAUUUAUGAUAACUAACUGCUGAAAUUAUAUAAAGAAUCAUAACGUUUGAUCAAUUUUUUUUUUUAUAUUUAUAAACUACAUAACAUAUUGAACAAAACUUUUAUAAUUUUUAAUUAUUUUAAAAAGAUCUAAAAUAAAAGAUAAGUCUAAAAUUAAUUAUCAUUACUUGCCAAAUAACCUAAAUAAUAUUACAAAUAAUAGUUUAUGGUAGCUAAUUUUCAAUAUUAUAGAAAGUGUAAAUGUUUUAUCAGAUCUUUUUAUAUUAUAUACUACAUAAAAUAGUGAGUAGAAAACAAUUUAUAGAAAUCGAUAUAAUAUUCAUAUAAAAAUAUAGUCAUAUCUAUAAUAAUUAUUAAUCUCUUAUAAUGUCCAAAUAUGCUUUAUAAAUAAUUAAGCUUUGAAGAAUGGACAGAUUAUAUUUAACAGAACAAGUGAGAACUUUGAUUUAAAAAAUUUUUUGCAUUUCACUCAAAUAAUAUAGUGAAUAAGAUAAUUUUAUAACCGAAAAGUACUGUAAGAUGGAUUUUUGGUUCAUUGAUUAUAUGGUUUGAUUUACUAUUUAGAGAGCGAAAUAAAUAUUUGAAAAAGAUAUGUAAGAAAUUAGAAAAACAUUAGCAAAAAUCUAAUAAAAAGGAAAUGAUAACGAACAAAAUAAGAAGAUGCCGAAAAAGAUGCAUAAUAUGUGUUGGAGAAGUUAAUGAGAUAAAAACAUAAAUAAUUCUACAAGCAUUUGUUUUUACUAAAUAUUAAUCAGUUAUUUUUACAUUAAAUUCUUGGAAACUUUACGACAUACUAUACAUAAUAUAUAUUUUCAUAUAAUAUUUAUAUCCGUAAAUUUGCGAACAACCACCUAGUAUUACUUGAAAGAGAAAAGCAAACAAUAACAAGAGAAGUCACAAGUACGUAAAUAAAAGGCAUUUAGUAAAUGGGACAAACCCCAUAUUAUUGAAAAGAAAUAGCAUGGAAACUGGUUUGGAAAUAGCCACUUCCGUUAGACCCGGACCCGUUCUAAUCGACAUCCCCAAAGAAUUAAUAUUAGAGUUGGGCGUGGAUCAAAUACUACCGUAAUUUUAACUAUUUGAGAUUUGCUUCGUAUUUUAAGGAUACCUAAUUUUCCAAUUUUCUUUGUUUCGAAAAAAUAGAUAUAUCCGGUUUUUCAGAUAUUCAGAAACUUUACAAAUAUUUGUGAAUAUUUACAGAUAUUUACGAAUAUCUCAUCCACUUUGUUCAAUACAAAUAAAUUCAGGAAAAACAUACAAGUUUAUCUUCAAAAAUAUCUUUAACAUUAUAUAAAAUAAAGAUUAGUAAAACUAUAUGUUUCAUAAUUUUUUAAAAAUAAUUAAAUGUUCUUAUAAAACAUAAAAUUUUGGAAAGUUAUAUUUUUUUUAUAAAGACUUUAUAUUCGUUUCUUAAUUUAAUACUUCAAUAAGUAAUUUUUUAAAUAAAAUUAAUAAAGUUAUAUGUUUCAAUAAUAGAUAUAUAAAACUAUACAUUUAUACUUCUAUAUACAAUUGUACGCCCACACACACACACACAUAUAUAUAUGUCGAAGCGGAUCGAAUAUUCGAUUCUGAAAUUUUUAGUAUUUGUAAUUUGUUUCGAUUUUAACGGAUAUUAAUUUUUAAUAUUUGUUUUACUUCGAAAAUUCGCAGAUAUUCGUAUUUUUUGAAUCGAAAUGACUAACGAAUCGAUUCAAAAUUAACAGAUAAAUUGUCCAACCCUAAUUAAUAUGGCCAACCAACACACUCCUUUAUUAAAAUUUUACAUAGUAAUGUAUUUUGUUUCUUUUAGAUAUAGAGAAAAAAUGGUAAUAUAUAUUCUAGAGAAAAAUUAGAAAUGAAUUGAUGGGAUGAUGUUAAACAUGUGAUCAGAGACUGGCGGAAUUUUGUCUGUAAUUAAAGAUGGUAAACUUAUGCAUUUUGGUCUAAACAUGUAUAUUCCCUACCAAGGUGGCUCCAAUACGCGGAAUAGUUUUCAAUAUCAAAUGAAUAUGUGUGACCAAAUGAAUUGUUUAGUGGCCAUCGUCUUGUGGAAUUACUCUCUUUUUCUUUUCUUCAACUCGCUAUUUCUUAUCGCAGUGCCCCACUAAAUUUUAGUACCAUAUUUAUUGUGAUUUUGCAUUUAAUACCGUUUAGUUAUGAUAGCUAAGUUUUUUUUUUAAUCUCUACUCCCUUUUACUUUUGUAAAAUCAUCACAGACCUAUAAAGAAUCAUCUUCUAAAUAAAAAUUGACUUAAAAUUACUUUAUUUAGCUAUAAUUGUAAAAAAAAAAAUAUAGAAUUUAAAGGAUUAUUAUGUAAACAAAAACUCCGUUUAUAUUUUGUAUAUAACGUUUGUACAUAUUUCUUUAAAAGCAUUUGUUUUAAUAUUUGCAUAUUUCUAUUCUCGCUAUUUUAAUACUAUUUAAUUUCAGAUUUUAUAUUAAAAACAAUUUUUAUUUUUAUUUACGUUGUGUUUUCUUAAAUAGAAGCGUGAUUCCAAAAUAGAAUCUUAAGCUUCUAACAUAUUUUAAAUAGGUUAUUUUAGAAGCGUUUUGGAAGCAAUAUUAUAUAAACCUCCACAAAUUUUGAUUCCAAUUCCGGUUCUGAAGCAAGAAGAAAACGUACAAUGAAUCGAGGUCAUCUCUCUAAAUUCUCUCUCUAGGAUUCCUUGGGAGAAAAGUCGGUCUUUUGUUCGAUCAACAGGGCCUCUUUUAUAGUUGCGAGACAAAAGACAGCUCAUUGUCCUUGCUGAUGAGGUUACAUAUUUGAUUUGUGAGGUGAAGUCAUAUAUUCCAUGCGAUGCGGAUGCAAGUCGCUCGUCCCAACAUUAAAUACUGGUCAGACUGCUUCACCCAUACUCGCUGACCGGGUCAACACAUUUCUUCCUUGAGCAAGGGCGCAAGCUGGCCGUCGAGCUGUCGCACUCCUCGUCUGAUUUUGUCUUUAAGUUCUUCUGGUUUUGGUUAUGUUUGGAUAAAUAAAAGCCACAACAAUUGUGUGUAUUUGAAUCUAUGUUUAUUUUCAUGUCCUGAUCAGGGGGUUUUGGAAAAUGGUUAUUGGUCUCAAAGCUGAUGAGCCAAAACAAAGCUACACGUUAAGCUGAAGCAAAUGAAUUCACAAAAGUGGAUUCGCAAUUCCAAUCUUCAAAGUCCUUGAAGAUGGAGGAUGUGGCCGAUCUUAGAGACAUGCAUUCAAGAUCUUGACGAUGGAAUUGAGUCACUCUCUAAAUCCUUAAUUAAAUACAGAGUCUCAGUUCUUAACAUCUAAUAGGUCAUUGUGCCCACAAAGUUUUGUACAAUAUAGGAGAUGUAAAUGCUAGCUUACACAUAAACUAAUUAAGGAAGAAUAUUUCA